CAGGAAUACCACAAACCUAAUUCGAUAGGCACAGUAAAGCUAUCGAGCCAGUACAGUUCAGUUCGCAGAAGAACAACAUAAAAGAACGCAAACAAUAACAACAUAAAAACUCAUAAAAUGGCCAGUGCGCGCGUGAAUCAUCGUUGAGCAACAAUUAACAUUGAUUAACUCAUGAUCGUGCGACGUCACUAGCAGCGGCAACAAGAAUUGGGGUACACGCGACCCUUGAGAAGUAUGUCGUCAGAUGCGAUUUCCGCAUCGGAAUGUGCGCACCUGGUGGAAUUCAAGCGAUUUCUGGCCACUACGGCGGAGAAAGCAGCAGCCGUAAGCGAGGAGGUAGUCAGCCGGAGUUGUGUAACCCGUACCGCCAAUGAAACAUACAAAGUGUCCGGCGAGGAGCGUCAUGCCGAAUUGGUCGCCGCCAUUUGGAAACAACUGGAGUCUCGGGGAUGUCCGGCGCAUUUCCGGAUGAAGCUACUUCACCGAUGCACACAUCAGCUGGAACAGGAUCUGUGCUUUGCCAAGGAGUGCGAAGUCACCGUGGAGGGUCCCCCGCAGUACGAUCUUCUCAAGCUGCAAAAGUUCGUGGCCAGUGAGUUUGAAAAGUACAUCCUAAAACUCACCGAUAACUCGGAGGUGGAUCGCCUUAAGGACUUUGGGGAUGACGAAGAGCCUGAGAACUGUGAGUGCCAACAGAAGAAAGAACCCCUGCAUACAUCUGCCGCUGUAAAGAACAAGCCCCGAAAAAUGGAGGAUCGCUGUGUUUGCCUGGAUCGAUUUGGUGAGAUGUACGAGUUGCCGGACAAGAACACUCGGUUUUUUGGCGUCUUUGAUGGUCACUCUGGAUCUUUAUCCGCCACCUAUGCCACCAGCCAGCUUCCCCAACUGCUGGCCGAUCAGCUUAAAGCAAAUCCAGAUCCUGCUGCAUUCUCGCCAGAUUUUUAUCGCAAUGCCUUCGAGUCGGCAUUUUUGGUGGCGGACGAGCGUUUCACCCAGAAGAAGAUCACCAGCGGCACAACUAGCGUGUGUGCCUUGAUCACAAAGGACCAGCUUUAUAUAGCUUGGGUUGGCGAUUCCAAGGCCCUUCUAGUGGGUAAGCGAACUCAACUCCAGCUGGUGAAACCCCACAAGCCAGAAAAUCCGGAUGAGCGCAAGAGGAUAGAAACAGCCGGCGGAACAGUGCUUCACGCCCAGGGGCAGUGGCGUGUAAAUGGCAUUCUGAACGUGGCCCGCUCCAUUGGCGACUACAGCUUGGAGGCAGUGAUCGCGGAGCCGGACUUCGUGGAUGUGCAGUUAAAUGAGGCUCACGACUUUCUCGUACUCGGCACCGACGGCCUGUGGGAUCAUGUACCCGAGUCGCAUAUAAUCGAAACCGUUUACGAGUCCCUAGCGGACCCCACAAUGAAGUUGGACGACAUUUCCAAACUGCUUAUAGAGGCUGCCAAGGAGGGGGAUUCGCAGGACAACAUAACAGCGGUGGUGGUUUUGCUCAAACCUCGAUACCAGAUAGAACAUCUUUAAAAGUUUAGGUCCAAGCAGCGAAUUUUUUAUAUUGUUACCCGCCUUGGGAUGGGUUUAAUUUGUACAAAUUCGAAGCAACUUAAGAGUCGUAGAAGCGAAAAGUAAUCUUGAAUCAACUCCUUGUGUGUGGGAUAACACAAAACAAUCAUAUCAGAUUUUACGUAUUCGAAAGAGAAAAGUGCCAAAUAUUUUUAAUUAAUUGAAGAACGCAAUAUACACUUGAUAUUGGCAUACAUAUUGUGGGAAUAAAAGGGAAAUAUUCCAUUUGCUAAAAUAUUAUUGAACGUGCGCAAACGUUUAACGUGAUACAACGAAAAUAUGGUAUUACAAAUGACAGAACCCAAGUCCUUGCCUAAUUUAAAAAACAUGUAUAUACCCAAAGAUUACUUUCCGAACCUACAUUUACAAAUUAAUCAUCAACGAAAAUUAACCCAAACCGGCCCCAUUGUUGUUUCGUUUACUUUAUUGUUGCAAUGUAAAUAGCUUGGAGCGGCUCAGAGUGCUCCUACCUUUAUUGUCACAUUCUCACGUGCCUACGUGGUCCUGGAAAUGGAUGACCCCAUCCCGGUCCACUUGUUUGGUUGCUCGAAUAAGCUCAAUCAAAAUAUUUUUGUGGUUGCUCAGCAGUUGAAAGAAAUUUUAAAUAGUUACAUUCAUGUCUCGGUUAAGGCAACUGUUGUUAGCCUAAUAAUAUAUACAAAAAGUGCACAAGUACGCAGAUCAACAUGUUUAUAUAUUUUUUAGAUUAGCCAGCAAGCAUAUUUAUACACAUUGAAGUUGUUUUCGGCCGCUUAGUGCUUCCUGCUGUAUGAUAAUAAGCCAAGCCAGGUACACAUGUAGUGUAGACCUAGUUAUACGCGUAUAUAUUUACACCCGUAACCGUAUUUAAUGAUCCCACACAGAUUAAGUACCUUUUUAUACAAAUCUAAUGAACCUUUCAUGCAUUUUAUCGAACAACCCAGAACACAUUUUUAACGAUACACACGCCAAUUGAUUAAGAUUUUUUAUUGGAAUAAUAAAAGUAAUUCACUGAA